UGGACACAGACAGGAGGGAGAAAAUGGGGGACGAUGAUGAUGAAGAAGAAAGUGGAGAAGAGAUAGAAGAACCACAGAGUAAAAAACAGACAUGGUGUUAAUGAAAACUGGAGAUGAGAAGCAUUGGGAAGAAACCUCUCUGUCCUGUGAUACGUUCAUCUGUCACCCAAGACACCACCUCCCCAACAUGUCGCUUAAGGUCCAGACUAGUAAUGUGACAAACAAGACAGAUCCCAAGUCCAUCAACUCCCGAGUGUUUAUUGGAAACUUAAACACGGCGGUGGUGAAGAAAUCUGAUGUAGAAAGCAUCUUUUCCAAAUAUGGCAGAGUGCUGGGCUGCUCUGUGCACAAAGGGUUCGCCUUCGUCCAGUAUGCCAGCGAGAGGCACGCACGGGGGGCUGUGAUCGGGGAGAACGGCAGGGUGCUUGCAGGGCAAACCCUGGGUGAGUCAACUA